AUGGUCCGGGCGGUAACGCCGGCCAUGCAACAGCAGGGUCGGGGCGCCAUCGUCAACAUUUCGUCUGGUUCGGCAUUUACCGGCACCGGCAGCUCCAUCGCUUACGCGGCGUCCAAGGCGGCGUUGAACGUGAUGACCUACUCGCUCGCCCGAGCGCUGGCGCCGGAAAUCCGUGUGAACGCGGUGUGUCCCGGCGUAAUGCAGACUCGUUGGUGGCGGGAAGGCCUGGGCGAAGAGGGUUACGAAGCCUUCAUCAGCCGCUACGCAGAAUCGGCUCCGUUGAAAACCGCCGGCACCACCGAAGCGGUCGCCGAUCCCGUGAUCUGGCUGCUGGAAGGGGCGGAGCAAGUUACUGGCGAAACCAUCAUGGUCGAUGCCGGCUCGCACCUGGGACCUUCGCCGCGCCGAUAA